AUGAUGAUGAUGCGACGACGACGCCGGCGAAAGGACACAAAAAAGGUUGACGCUUCCGUAAACUUCUCCUCCAGAGACGACGCGAAAAACGCCCCGGCAAACGACGACGCCUCAGCGAAGAAGACGAACGAGAAGAACAACAAUAACGAGAAAAGGAAACAGAAGGAGGAAGACACAAAAUUCGACGACAAACCCGACGCCGUCGUUGAGAGCCGUUGGAGAAGUUUUCUUCCUCUUUUCGUCCUGUACGGGCUUAUGGUUUUUGGAUGGUUUGCGGCGUAUUCUCGGUACGGAUCGGCGAUUUUUAUCGGCCAUCGCAGACUACAUUUAACUCUAACUGAGUGGCGAGAGAAAUUGGGGAAGAUGCAAACGACUGCGGUUUUAAUCGGCGGACCUCACCGAGGCGGCACGUCCAUCGCGUGGUCGUGCGUGAGCGCGCACGAGAAGAUUGGAGCGUUUGCGAGUCGGAAGGUUUCGGAUCACGCGGAAGGCAUUUUCGUGCAGGAUGUGUAUCCGAAGUUUGGAGUUGGGGAGGAGUAUCAGGCGAUGCGAACGGGGAGGGACUUCUCGCGAAACGGUUUAGGGAGAUAUGCGUUGAACGAGGCGCAUCACUUGACCGAAAGGUCGGCGUUAAAUACGGACGAAAACGGGGUGAAAUUGAUGAAUAGUUUUGGACAGUAUUGGGGGUUCAAAGAUAAAGGAGACGAGAAGGAAGAGUCUGAUAUCGCUUUCGUUGUCGAAAAAUCGCCGCCAAACGCCAUCAUCGGCACUUUCCUGCGCGCGUUGUAUAAAAGAGUUGGGAUGAAAACGACGAAACACGUGUACGUGACGAGGCAUCCAAUAGCGAACGCGAUGGCGCUGAACGCGAUGAAAGAACUAAACGGACGAGUCACGAUUGUAGAAUUAUUGGACAAUUACGUAAAGCUCCACGAGACGGCGCAGAGAGAUGCGAAAGCGCUAGGUAAAGAUGCUUUGUACCCGUUGCGCAUGGAAGAUUUUAUUCGCGAACCCGAGCGCAAGGCGGAAGAAAUUUUCUCUUUCAUAUUCGAUGAAGAAGCAGAAGCAGAAGCCGAAGUAAUGGCAGAAAAAGAAGAGGAAAAAGGAAAAGAAGAACCAAAACGACGCGCUUUCGAUUUAUGCGUGGCGAAGAUUGAAGCCGAUACCGGAAAGCCGCUGUCGAGGACCGAUCCAAACGAAAAGUAUCGCAAAAAGUGGUGCAAGAUGCUCGAAGAAGAGGAAAGCGCGAGAGCGCUGAGUACGUCCCUCGCGGAAAAGUACCAGGGGAAAUUAGACGUAUUAGGCUUAGAAUACGACAUCGCAACGUGGUGCGACGACGACGAUAAGUACCGGUAG